AUGGGCCUGAAUGAGACUUAUUCUCAAUCUAGAAACCAGAUUAUGAUGAUGAGUCUUACUCCAACUAUAAACAAAGCCUAUUCUAUGAUAAUAGCAGAAGAGAGUAGAAGACCUAUGACUAACUUUGCUCAAACUUCUGCAGUAAAUGAGGAAAUAGCUAUAUUUUGUGGAAAAGGAACUCCUCAAGUUUCAACUAGCUAUAAGACUAAUAAAAAUAAUUUGUUUUGUGACUAUUGCAAUUACAAGGGUCACACAAGAGAUACUUGCUACAAGCUUCAUGGAUACCCUUCAAACUUCAAGCCAAAAAGGAAGACUAAACUUAACAAUGUUUCUCAAUACACAAGGGCUCAGACUAGUAUUGGUUCUAGUAAUGGAGGUUUUGAGGCUAUAGCUAAUUGUGCAGGACAUUCUCAGCAGAGUAGCUUUACUUCAACCAGUCAGGGUGGUCAAGGUGUAAUUGCAGGAGUACCUCAGUUUACAGCUGAUCAGUACAAUCAGAUUUUGUAUCUGUUAGGAGAGUCUAGUAUCACCUCUAUAAGCCAAGUUGAUCAACCAAGUAAUGUUAUGUCUGCAAGUAUGAUCUCACCCUCUAUAGUUACCAAAGUUGAGAUUAGGUGGAUAGUUGAUAUAAGUGCUUCUAAUCACAUUGUAAAGAGUCUUAAAUAUCUAGAAGAAUCUAAGACUGUUGAUGAAUCCAGUAUUGGAAAAGUAAACCUGCCUACAGAAAGAAUAGCAAGUGUAAGGCAUAUAGGAUCUACAAGUGUGCUACAAGGACAAAAAAUUACCAAUGUGUUACACAUACCAGACUUCAAAUAUAACCUUCUGUCUAUUUCAAAAUUAACAAAGGAGCUUAGGUGCUCAGCUUUGUUCUAUCCUGACUUUUGCCUUUUCCGGGAUUUCCUCAAUGGGAGAGUGGGGGUAUUAGUAAAGAGGAUAAAGGUCUUUGCAUCUGCAUAUCAAUCUCUAGGGAUUGUUCAUCAUAGUUCUUGUGUCUAUACUCCACAGCGAAAUAGAGUAGCUGAGAGGAGGCGUAGACAUAUGCUUAAUGUUGCUAGGGCACUGAGGUUUCAAGCAGUCUAUACCAUUAAGAGACUGCCAACACAAGUGUUGCAAGGAAAGACUCCCUUUGAACUAUUGUUUGGUCAUUCUUCUUCCUUGGACCAUGUGGAGAUAUUUGGUUGCCUAGUUUAUGUGACUGAUGUAAAAAGGGGUGACAAAUUUUCACCUAGAGCCUCACCAGCUAUUUUCCUUGGCUACUCGAUCGCUCAAAAUGGAUACAGGAUGUGCAACAUCCAUACUAAGGAGUUCUUAGUAAGUAGAGAUGUUCUGUUCAAAGAAAAUCUAUUCCCUUUUCAACAUCCCGAUUCUCUACCUUCUUUGUUACCUGAAAUUGACAUACCUCAAGUUCUAGUCCAAUCCACUCAAGCAGCUACUGAGAUUGAGCCAGAAUUAUUAGCUGAACCUAAUCAUAAUUUAUCUACUCAUCAGACCUCUAUAGCCAAUAACCAUUUGGUAGAAACUUCACCUAUUAGAAGAUUUGGGAGAACUAGUAAACCUCCUAUCUGGCUAAAAGAAUAUGCUACUAAUCCUUAA